AUGGAAGACCAGCCUGUGCACCAAGGGACUGUUGAUUAUGCAACGUUGGAGCAGCUGGAUCCGAGCCUUGUGGAUGGCUUCCAGCUGUUCUUCGAGCGGGAGGUCCCCUUCGAGCUCCGAUCCGCUAUGGCCUUGGACCUGCCCACGGAGAUGGGGGCGCUGGAGGGCAUUCGGGUUCGCAUUCUGCGGCAGCUGGACGGGGAGCACGUCAAGGCCGUCCGGGUUGAGCUGUGCAGUGAGUCCAACUUAUUUUUCCUGUAUGUCCACGAGCUGGACGAGCGGUCGUUCCGGGAGGUGCAGGUGCUACAACGGCUGAUGGCGGACUUCCAGGAUUACCCCACCAUCCUGAUGCGGAUGCUUAAUCAGGCCAUCCGGGAGCCACACGCUUACUUGGCCGUAUUCAUAAUGCAUCCCACGGGGGAAGCACGACUUGACUUUAUACAGAACAUGGAGUAUAAAUUCGUGGAGCUGCUCAGCUGCAAGUUUGUGGCUGCGGCGGAGGAGCUCAUACGACUGCAAGUGAGCUACCGGUACAAUGUGGUCAGGGCACGACUGCAGCUCAUGGAGGCGCGACUGGCGGACGUGAGCGCGAUGGUUAGAGUUAGGGACCCCAGCUUGCUGCUGCAGCUGCAGAGGACGCCACCGCGGUCACCGAGCAUGGCGCGACAAUCGCCAAACCGGCCGAAGCCGUUUUAUCCUUGA